AGAAUCAGGGUUAACCCUUUUUCGAGGAUCGGUUUUCACAGGUAUCUUCACUCAUUUUCUGAUUGUAUCGCUGGAUCGCAGUAGAAUCGCGAUGGACGCCGCCGCCAAUAAGCGCCGUGUUCCUGUCGAAGCGGAGGUGAACGUUACGGAAGGUGGACGCAGUGUGCCUCGAGCACGCCCCGGUGGUCGCGCGGGUGCUCGUGCCGCGUCCUCUGGCUCCUGGUUCGGUGCACCUCUCGUGUAUGCCGUGGUGACAUUCUUCAGUCUCAUGAUCUUGGUGCACGUGUGGCAGUUCUCGAGCGCGCAGAUGCAUUCAGUGUUAUCCACACCUUUCCACAAUAAGACGAUGGUGCAGUUCACCACCAAGUUUGGCACUUUCACUGUCGAUCUGUACCCAGAGCAUGCACCCAAGACCGUGGAAGCUUUCAAGAAGCUCGUGAGCGAUGACUACUACCUCAAGGACGCCGGUUUCUACUAUAAUGAACCCAAGUUCGUUCUGCAAGGAGGAGGAUUCCUUUUCGACAAGAAAUCUUCCAUUGGCAACCUGCCAGUAGAGUACAGUGCUCCCAGCACCGAGAGAAUGGUGGUCAUUGCGCGUAGCCACAAGUCGGACUCGGGUAACACCGAGUUCGCGAUCAUGCUGCAUGACAACACGGAGAGGAACAAACCAAGCGAGGACGGACCGGGUUACACGACCUUCGGACGAGUCGUGGAAGGUUGGCAUACAAUUCAGUUCAUCUCCAAGAAGAUGUCGCCCGGCUUCAUGGCCAAGGAGGACCGCGACUACCAGAUUAGCUUCGAGAAGGUCGAGUUUGUAGAGCGCCUCACGAACGACAACGAUGAAGCCAAGAUGCGUCUUGAGGAGCUGACGUACGUGCUCGAGACACCGCACAGUGUGGUCAUCAUUUCCGAGAAGGACUGCCCCGAAAAGAAAGAGAUUGAGAAGAUGCUGCACAAAUUCCGCACGACUGUGCGUACUAAGGAGAUUGGCUUUGCCAACCACAUCCCGUACGAGCUGGAGGCUGUGGAGGCGCUGACUGGUCGCAAGUCUCUGCCGCUUGUCUUCAUUAAGGGCAAGUAUGUUGGUGGUCUACGUGAAGUGCAGAAGUUGCAGCAGACUGGCACGCUUCGUGCGAUGCUGGAGAAAAGCGGCACUCUUGCUGAGGACAUUGUGUGGUCGGCUAUCAACCAGAACCCACUGGUGCUCUUCAGCAAGUCGUACUGCCCGUACUGCAAAAAGACGAAGGAGACGUUAGCGGGUCUUGGUGCCAAACCCGUGGUCUUUGAGCUGGACACUCGUGAGGAUGGUGCGGCCAUUCAGGCCUUCCUGUUCCGAUUGACGCGCCAGUCUACUGUUCCUAACCUCUUUAUCAAGGGCAAGAGCGUCGGUGGAAACGAUAACGUUCAGGAAUUGAAGCGAUCUGGCGAACUGGUGGACCGCCUCAAGAAGGCUCGUGCCAUUGACUAAGCUGCGCUUGUCGUACUGAAUCAAGGUGAAAUGAAGGGUGGAAGGAAGGUCUAACGAAUGAACUGAUCGCUUCAUUGUGCAGCAUACUUAGUUCAUUAUUCAAACUCUGCCGGCUACCAAGUCAUGCUGCUGUGUUGCUAUUCUCAAACGUGCAGGUGGCUGUGGUCGUAGAACUGUCUAGUGCUUGCUCCCUUUGGUGUCGGGCGAUUUCCAGUGACGUCAUCAGCACCGAGCCCGAUGGACUCGGAAGUGAGCAUGAACGGCCCGUUGUUUCGCUUGUACUGCGAGUUGCCCACACGCAUCGUGUAGAAUGUGUCUCGGUGUGACUUCUGAUUGAACUCGGUGGUCUGUGAACGCCCGAUAUCGUACAGGUGCUUCGUUUCCUGUAAACCUUCUGGGAAGUGGUGGCUCUGGUUCAGAGAGUCCAGUGCAUCAAAGAGACCAGGCGGAUCGUCCUGCUUCUGCUUGUCGAGGAUCUUCAUCUCUGUGUGCAGAGUCUCACGGUACUGCUCUGUGCGAAUGUGGCUCAUAAACUCGUCUCGUCGACUUGCAUCCUUGGAACCGAAACCAGACUUGCGCGUGUCCAUCGGCUGCGACUUGAGGUACGCUGUGUUGUCCUGCAACGGAUCCGACGCAUACGUCUUCUUCUCGAAGUAUCCGGAACCAUUGCAAGUAUUCUUCGCUGGUACAGUCAGGAUCUGUUUACCUUUGUGGCGUGAGUUCUUGCUUUCGAUCAGGUGCGGGUCUCGGUACGGAUCACCGAUGGUGAGGUAGCUCUGGGCGAUGUUCUUGUUGAGCACCUUGGUUGAGUACAUCUUUCUGCUGCGUUCGAGUGGUUUAUAUCGUAUAAGGCCGAAAGCCAACUGAGGCCGCUAUGUCGACGGCACGAGGAGAAUAGCACACUGAACCCCUACCUCCGCUGCCAACCGGUCCCGUUUUCCAGCAGGGUCAGGUGCUGAAGACGCCGUUGUAAGUGCCGAUAUUCUUGGAGCAUUGCUUUGAGAGUGUCUUUCGUUGGCACUAAAAAUAUAAUACUGGUAAGAAGUGAUGAAUAUAAAUCGAGCUCAAAGAUACACAA